AUGGGUACCAUUUGUGGAGUGAGCUCCUUAUAUUCUAUAACUCUCUUCUUCACUAUGCCAAAGGCCUCUUCUUGUGGUUCUCCGUAUUCAAAAUCUUCAGUUUUCAUAGUUAUGUCAUAUAAAGAUUUAAGCACCAUUUGUAAGUGUGCCUUGGGAAUUUUAGGUCCCAUGUUUGACCAAUAUACUCCUAAGAACUUUACAUUUUUUGGGAAAAAGAUACAAGAACAUUCCACCAAAGGGCAGCAUAACUUGCAUGGUAAUAAACAAAGUGGAGAGAAACCGUAUGAAUGUAAACAAUGUAAUAAAACAUUUAGUGAUUCCAGUAGUCUUCGGGCACAUGAAAGAACUCACAGUGGACAGAAACCCUAUGAAUGCAAACAGUGUAGUAAAACAUUCAGUGAUUGCCAUAAUCUUCGGAGACAUGAAAGAAUUCACAGUGGAGAGAAACCCUAUGAAUGUAAACUGUGUGGUAAAACAUUCAGUUAUGCCAGUAGUCUUUGGGCACAUAAAAGAAUUCACAGUGGAGAGAAACCCUAUGAAUGUAAACAAUGUAGUAAAACAUUCAGUUAUUCCCGUAGUCUUCGGUUACAUGAAAGAAUUCACAGUGUAGAGAAACCCUAUGAAUGUAAACAAUAUAGUAAAACAUACAGUACUUCCAGCAGUCUUUGGGCACAUGAACGAAUUCACAGUGAAGAGAAACCCUAUGAAUGUAAACAAUGUAGUAAAACAUUCAGUUCUUCCAGUAGUCUUCGGGCACAUGAAAGAAUUCACAGUGGAGAGAAACCCUAUGAAUGUAAACAAUGUAGUAAAACAUUCAGUUCUUCCAGUAAUCUUCGGGCACAUGAAAGAAUUCAAAGUGGAGAGAAACCCUAUGAAUGCAAACUAUGUAGUAAAACAUUCAGUUAUGCCAGUAGUCUUUGGGCACAUGAAAGAACUCACAGUGGAGAGAAACCCUAUGAAUGCAAACUGUAGUAAAACAUUCAGUUAUUGUAGUAGUCUUCAGAGACAUGAAAGAAUUCACAGUGGAGAGAAACCCUAUGAAUGUAAACAAUAUAGUAAAAUACAGUUAUGCCAGUAAUCUUUGGGCACAUGAAAGAAUUCACAGUGGACAGAAACCCUAUGAAUGUAAACAAUGUAGUAAAACAUUUGGGCAUUCCAGUCAUCUUCAGAGACAUGAAAGAAUUCACAGGGGAGAGAAACCCUAUGAAUAUAAACAAUGUAGUAAAACAUUCCAGCAUUCUGGUGGUCUUCAGAUACAUGAAAAAAUUCACAGUGAAGAGAAACCC